UCUACUCUUUUCUAGAGGGUUGCUAUGAAUGCAGUUAAUCCUAUGCCCUUUAUCAUCCCGUUAUUGUAUAUGAUCCUUCUGUAUAUAUAUUUUUACUAAAAAAUUUGUAUGUUACCGUGUGCUCUAACAUUUUUUUCCUUGUAUUUUCCUACUUUCUUAUACCUAUAGAUAUCAUUAUGAGAUAUUAUAUUAUGGUCAUACAGAGUUCCAAUAUAUGCAAGCACCAUAUGAAAAAUAUCUGAUUUUUUAAAAAAUAUAUUUUUCAAAAAGGUAUUAAGUCUAGUAUUUCAGAUGCAAACAAGUCACGAUUUAAGCCAAGAAACCACACAAUUAUGAGGAUGACAGCACAAGAAGAUAGCAAUUAUAGGUCUGUCUUUCAUUUAGUUGAACAGUCAUUCCUAAUGGGGAAAAAUAAUUCACUGACUUCAGAAAUUUGGAAAUUGAAUACAUAAUUGCAAAAUCAGUGAUUGUUGCAAAUUGAAAAAAAUCUUUCUAAAAUGAGCACCUACAGUCACUGGUUGAAUACUAGACUCAUAGAUUAUGUAGUAUAUUUCCUAUGUACUCAGCAAGUAAUUCAAGCUGAACCAUUAUUUUCUUUCUUCUUAGCUGAGAUUAUAGCCAUGGAGAGGGGCAAUCACACUGUAACUGAGUUCAUCCUGGUGGGCUUCACGACAGACCCUGUGAUACAGUUGAUCCUAUUUGUGGUGUUCCUCGGAGUGUACUCUGUGACUGUGGUGGGAAAUACCAUACUCAUGGCAUUGAUCUGUAAUGACUCCCGGCUCCACACACCCAUGUAUUUUUUCAUUGGUAAUCUCUCAUUCUUGGAUCUCUGGUAUUCUACUGUCUACACCCCGAAGAUCCUAGUGACCUGCAUCUCUGAGGACAAAAGCAUCUCUUUUGCUGGCUGCCUAGCUCGGUUCUUCUUCUCUGCUGGGCUGGCAUUUAGUGAGUGUUACUUGUUGGCCACCAUGGCUUAUGACCGCUAUGUGGCCAUCUCAAAACCACUGCUUUAUUCUCAGGCAAUGUCCAUAACGCUGUGCGCAUCUUUAGUAGCGGCCUCAUAUCUUGGUGGAUUUGUUAACUCUUCCAUCAUCACCAAAAGAACUUUUUCCUUGAACUUCUGUGAUGACAAUGUCAUUGAUGACUUUUUCUGUGAUUUACUUCCCCUGGUGAAGCUGGCUUGUGGCAGAAAAGAUGGCUACCAGACUCUACUGUAUUUUCUCCUGGCCUCCAGUGUCAUCAUCCCCAUUGUGCUCAUACUUGCCUCCUACCUCUUCAUCAUUACCACCAUUUUGAGGAUCCGCUCCACCCAGGGCCGCCUCAAAGCCUUCUCUACCUGCUCCUCCCACUUGAUUUCUGUCACCUUAUACUACAGCUCCAUUCUCUACAUCUACUGUCGCUCUGGAUCUAGCUAUUCCAUGGAUAGGGACAAAAUAGUUUCUACCUUUCACACUGUGGUCUUCCCCACGUUGAAUCCUAUGAUCUACAGCCUGAGGAAUAAGGAUGUGAAAGAAGCACUGAAUAAACUCUUUAAAUAAAUCCGGAUUCUCUUUCUGAGGUGAUGCAAAGAAAAUUUUUCAUCAGGUUAUUUGUGUCUCAAGCAGAGCUGCCAUUGUGCUCCAUCAGGAUGAAAAAAAAAAAAAAAAAAA